UGGGAGGGAGCAGCUGCGGGGCCGGGGGGGGGGGGGGUGUGGCAGGCAGGCCCGGGCCCCCCCCCCACGCGCCCCGAGUGUCCUGCUGCUCGGGACACUAAGGGAGAUGGAUGGGGUAGGGGAGAUGCAGCGCCGAGCCCCGGGCGGCUCCUGGCGCGGCCGCCGCCCCCGCAACGGAGGGUCGGGCGGGGAGUCGCACAGCAGAUAAAGGGGCCGCGAGGCGAGAGAGGACAGCGCGGACGACGGCGGCGGCAUGAGCAAGGCAGACCCGAAUCCCGCUGCGGGCACGGCCCCCGACUCGGACCCUGGCCCGGCGGCCGUCGCCUCGGCCUACCAGCGCUUCGAGCCCCGCGCCUACCUCCGCAACAACUACGCGCCCCCUCGGGGGGACCUGAGCCACCCGGAUGGCGUCGGGCCUUGGAAGCUGCGCUGCUUGGCGCAGACCUUCGCCACGGGUGAGGUGUCAGGACACAGCCUCAUCGACAUUGGUUCAGGCCCUACCAUAUACCAGCUGCUCAGCGCCUGCGCCCACUUUGAGGACAUCACCCUGACAGAUUUUCUGGAGGUGAACCGCCAGGAGCUGGGGCUCUGGCUGCGGGAGGAGCCAGGCGCCUUCGACUGGAGCACCUAUAGUCGGCACGUCUGCCUCAUCGAGGGCAAGGGGGAGUCCUGGCAGGAGAAGGAGCUCCAGCUGCGAGCCAGGGUGAAGCGGGUCUUGCAUAUCGAUGUGCACCAGCCCCAGCCACUGGGUGCUGGGAGCCCGGCGCCCCUGCCUGCCGAUGCCCUGGUCUCUACCUUCUGCCUGGAGGCUGUGAGCCCAGACCUUGCCAGCUUCCAGAGGGCCCUGGACCACAUCACCACCCUGCUGAGGCCUGGGGGGCACCUCCUCCUCAUCGGGGCCCUGGAGGAGUCAUGGUACCUGGCUGGGGAGGCCAGGCUGGCGGUGGUGCCCAUGGGGAAGGAGGAGGUCAUGGAGGCGUUGGUCCGCAGCGGCUAUGAGGUGCGGGACCUGCGUACCUACGUCAUGCCUGCCUGCCUUCAGACUGGGGUAGAUGAUGUCAAGGGCAUCUUCUUCGCCUGGGCCCAGAAGAAGGUGGCGGUGUGAUGGCCCAGUGCACCCAGAUCCCCUGUGAUGUGAGGUGGCACAUAAUAAAGAAGU